CUGUUUUCCAUUGUUUAUGUGUGCUGCGUCAGGCAACAAUGAGAAAAUGAGGAGGUGUGUAGACAUCAGGUUGUAGGGGAUAUAUAACAUCAAAUGCCAGCACUGAAGUUAAAACGAUCAAGAUGUUCAGGAGACUGAGUUUGGUCUUUGUGGUUGCUUUCCUUACCAAAGGGUGUGAAUGCCAAUUGAAUGUGUGUGGCAGAGCCCCUCUCAACACAAGGAUAGUAGGGGGACAGGAUGCUCCUUCUGGUGCAUGGCCGUGGCAGGUCAGUCUUCACAACACCAAUGGACAUUUCUGUGGUGGAUCCCUCAUCAACAGAGAAUGGAUUUUGACAGCAGCUCACUGCUUUCCAGGUAACUCAGAUCCUUCAAGGUUCACUGUGUAUCUGGGCCGACAGAGUCAGGAACAACCCAAUUCAAACGAGGUGUCCAGAAACAUCUCCCAAGUCAUACCACAUCCACAAUAUGACGAACUAUCUUACAACAAUGACAUGGCUCUGCUGCACCUCUCCUCACCUGUGAAUUUCACGGCAUACAUCAAACCGGUCUGUCUUGCAGCAGAUGGGAGCAUAUUCAACAAUGGCUCUGACAUGUGGGUUACUGGUUGGGGACACAUUCAUUCAAGUGUACCCCUUCCUUCACCUCAAAACCUGCAGGAAGUGAAUGUGCCUAUAGUUGGAAACAGGAAGUGCAACUGCCUUUAUGGAAAUGCAAAGAUAACAGACAACAUGAUGUGUGCUGGACUGUUGGGUGGUGGAAAAGAUUCAUGCCAGGGUGAUUCUGGAGGUCCGAUGGUCAUCAAGCAGGGCCCUGUUUGGAUUCAGGCUGGUGUUGUGAGUUGGGGUAAUGGUUGUGCUCUGCCUGAGUACCCUGGUAUUUAUGCCAGAGUUUCUAACUACCAGUCGUGGAUCAGCUCGUACACUGGAGCAAAUCAGACUGGUUUCAUCCGUUCAACCUCCAUCUUCCCUGAAGAGGAUGAGAAUGUGACCUGUACCACUCCAACACCACUAUUGUGUGAAAGAAAGCGUAACAGUUUGUCUGGUGUAUGGCCAUGGAUGGCUAGUCUAAAGUAUUACGGUUAUAAUGCAUGCAUGGGAACUUUGGUCUCUCCAAACUUUGUCAUGACCACUGCUAGCUGCUUUUCCAGAUCCAUGGAUCCAUAUGAAUGGACAGUGGUCCUCGGUUUUGUCCCAUGGGACUGCUCCAGCUCCCUGGAGGUGUCUGUUAACGUGGCAAAUAUCGUUUACGACCAUUCUUCAGGCAACAAUGUGGCACUUGUGGAACUGGCUAUUACACCAGAACUCUCAGAUUACAUUAAUAUUGUAAAUGUUGACAUGUAUAAUUUAGAUUUUGGCCCAGGUUCUCAAUGUACAGUGGUUGGUUGGAACACAGGUAAUGAAACAUCUAAACAAUUUCUUCAGGAAUUUCAGACCAGCAUUGUAGACUGCGGUCCUUUCACUGAUCCUUCCCUCCACAUCUGCACAGAGCCUUUGGACAUACAGCAGGAGGAUGAAGGAAGUCCUCUGCUGUGUCGAAUGGGUGACACGUGGUUUCAGACUGGUUUCUUGGCUUUGGGGCACAGUAAUGUAUUUAACAUCAACCCGGCAUCCAAUGGCCAUACAGCAUUCAUCAGAACAUCUCCCAUCAGCUCCUUCCUGACUAACACUCUCUACAACGUGCCAUCCAUUUUUGAUGGGGCAGAGUCAUUCUCACCUCUCUCUCUCACCUGCAUCCUUCUGCUCUCUUUGCCAGCACUCCUCCAAGCCUUUAUUUGAAGCUUUGAUCCCUGUCAAAUUAUCACUGACAAACUACUGACACAGGCUGCCUAGAGCUAAAGAAUAAAUUACAGAAUUGUAAAAUUUUACUGAAUUUUGCAAUGUAAAAUAACUCUUAGAUUAGAAAUGUAGCUACUGAGGUAAAAAAAAAAAAAAAAAAAAAGGGAAUCUUAAAUAAGACAAUAGUACAAUAAAUGAAUAAAAAAGUAAUUACAAGGUGUAUAUUCUAUUAUGCAAACUAUGUUAAGUUGUACUGUCAUCUUUUUUUCUCAGCUUUCCUGUCAUUACAUUGUGUAAUCUACAUUCCACAACAAAUGUAUGAAAAAUGGUCUAAUCUAAUAAAAUAAUAAUGAAUUGAU